AUGUCAAUUUUACCGUCUACUAAUAACUUAACAAAAGAAGUUCUGUCGUUUCGUAAUGAUGCGUUUUAUAAUUUAGUCGAACAGCAAUGUGGUACUGUUGUUCUUGAAAUUAUGCAAGCACAAGAUAUCUCAUCUGUUGAUUGUCUUCUUGAUAUUAAUAAUAUAUUUAAUUUUCUGGAGCUUGACUCAGAUGAAUUGAUUCCGUUAAAAAGAAAAGCUGGAAUCUUACUCAAUGAUGGUCGUUUUGUUGUAAAAAAAGGAAUUAUGCACAAAGUUGAAACAUUUCUCCAUACUCUUCAUCACCUUAAUCAUCAAAAUACGACUUCUUGCGAUAAUUUGAACAACUCUUCUGAUUUGAUUAUUUCUGAACAAUUAUUACAAAAACUUCCGUUUAUUCGAACACUUAUCAUUUAUUCAAAUCUAAUUUGCAAUAGCAAGAUUGAUUUCACAUUUUUAAAUGUUAUUUUAAAUAAUAUGAUCAGAAAUUUUAUUACCGAAGAGAGAGGAUAUCGUUAUGAUACUAUUGUUCGACAAUUUGCGUCCUGUUUAUAUAUUCUUGGUGGUCGUACAGCUUAUGAAUUCGUUCGUUUAAACAUUCCGGGAUUUCUUCCAAGUGUACAGAUCAUCCAAUCGUAUAUUGGUACAUCAGAAAAUCAUCUAGCCGAAGGAUUAUUCAAUUAUAUAGGUGCUUGUGAUUAUCUUAAUAUCAACCAGUCAACGUUAGGUUUUUGUGCCGAAGAUUCUACUGCAGUUGUUCCCAAAAUUACAUAUGAUACUACAUCAAAUACGUUUAUCGGUUUCUCGCUUCCUCUUGACGACAAUGGGGUGCCCAUAAUCGAUUCAUAUUCGACAGACUCGUUUACUCGUCUUGAGCAAUGGUGUUCUGAUCUACCACUAGCAAAAUCACUCAGCGCUUGUCUUGUUCAGCCACUUUCUACCUCGGUUAACAACAUCUCGCCGUAUCCUCUUGCAGCGUACGGAACAGAUAGUACAUUUAAAUCAUCAGAUGUUAUUCUACGUUGGCGCCAUAUUUAUGAACAAUUCAAAGCUAAAGGUAUUCGUAUAGUCGGCUUUUCAACAGACUGUGAUAGUCUCUAUUUACAUGCUAUGAGAAUAUCUCUUGGUUUUUUUGGUAUGUUCACGUAUGAUGAUCAUCCAGAUUUACUUGCAAUUGAUCUUCCAACUAACUGGUCAUGGUUUUUUAUGCAACACGAGCAGUUAUAUGUAUGCAUACAGGAUCCAAUUCAUAUAUGUACAAAACUUCGUAACAGGCUUCUUUCAAAAACAGCAGCACUUCUUUUAGGAAAUCAAUUAAUCAAUAUUGAACCACUUCUUUACAUAAUUGAAAACUUUUCUAAAUUCGAUCAUGCACUUGUUCUAUCUGACAUUGAUCCUAAGGAUCGCCAGAAUUUCAAAUCUUGCACAAAGAUUUCAAACGACAACGUUUUAAUCUUACUUGAACAAGUUCCAAAUGCUAUCGGUAUUAGUAUAUAUCUUAAGGUAGGCAAAAGAAACAAUUUUUAA